AUGUCCCAGCCGGAAUCGCUCGAGCAGGAGCUGUAUGAGACAGUGGCCGACAAGCAGGCAUUUCAAGUCAAGCUGCGGCAGCUGCGCUCGGAAGUCCGGCUCGUAGAAGCCAGUUUGGAGGCCCUCCAGCAAAAAGAGAGCUUCCUAACGCAUGAGCUCGCAAAGCGUACAAAGGUUCAAAAGGAGCUACCAUCCGUGGAUGAUUUCGUUCAAGGCCGCGCGCUGGAGAGUGCAAUCCCCAAGUUUUACGACUUGGAGAAGGAAGUCGAGUCUCUGACCAUCGGGGAUGAGGCUGGCACGGACAACCCGGGCCAACAGGCGGAGUGCGAUGACUGGGAAGAGAUGCUCGAGUCCUUGGGCGUGGCGAGGUGCGGUUACUGCGGAGUACGUCUUCCUCUUGACAUCGCGGCAAUCGAGCUUCAUUCAAAGACCUGCCCUGGCACUGGGCCCAACAGCCCGACCAGCAGAGGCACCCCGAGCCCGACACCGAGCCCGCCCAAAGUUGCGUUUACUGCCCGGUGUAGUCACUGUGGAGACUCGCUCUCGAUGGACCUUGUUGAGCAGCACGUCUGCCGCGGGCGCGGAUAA